AUGCCCACCAUACCCGCCAUACCCGCCAUACCCACCAUGCCCACCAUACCCGUCAUACCCACCAUGCCUGCCAUACCCGUCAUACCAACCAUGUCCACCAUGCCCGUCAUACCCACCAUACCCGUCAUACCCACCAUCCCCGUCAUACCCGUCAUACCCACCAUUCCCGUCACACCCACAAUCCUCGCCAUGCCCACCAUGCCUGCCAUACCCGUCAUACCAACCAUGUCCACCAUGCCCGUCAUACCCACCAUACCCGUCAUACCCACCAUGCCUGCCAUACCCGUCAUACCAACCAUGUCCACCAUGCCCGUCAUACCCACCAUACCCGUCAUACCCACCAUGCCUGCCAUACCCGUCAUACCAACCAUGUCCACCAUGCCCGUCAUACCCACCAUACCCGUCAUACCCACCAUGCCUGCCAUACCCGUCAUACCAACCAUGUCCACCAUGCCCGUCAUACCCACCAUACCCGUCAUACCCACCAUUCCCGUCACACCCACAAUCCUCGCCAUGCCCACCAUACCCACCAUACCCGUCAUACCCACCAUGUCCGUCAUACCCGUCAUACCCACCAUGUCCGCCAUACCUGUGCUAAUAGGUUUGAAGCAUGGGGAUAUGACGUUAGCGAUCCCCGUUAGUGAGAUUAUCCGUGACAGAUGGGAAAAGCGCAUGUCAAAGACAUAA